GGCGGAGGGACGCGGGGAGCCGGGUGCGCGCAGCCCGCGAUGCCUAUAAAUGGCGUUUCUCUUGCGAGGGGCACACGAAGAAAAAAAAAAAAACAAACCAACAUAUAUAUAUUAAAAAGGAGGAGGGAAAAAAAUAAAAUAAAAAAAAAAUCCUUCAGUGUCAUCCCCCCACGUCAGGGCCGGCCGUGGGCGUGAGGCUGUACUUCCUCCGCCCCCUCCUAAUGGAGCGAACCAUUCCCAGCUAUUCCUCCUCGCCCGCUCCCUGUUUCUCCCUCUUUCUCUCCCUCACCUCCGUCUCCCCCCUUGUGUGCAAAGUCCUCCGCUGCUCGGAACUUGUUGGCAAUGCCUAUUUUUCAGCUUUCCCCCACGUUCUCCAAAGUAACUAUUUAAAGAUCUGCAGUCGCAAAUGGUUUUACUAAAUGUAGGAUGGGACUUAAGUUGAACGGCAGAUACAUUUCUCUGAUCCUCGCUGUACAGAUAGCCCACCUGGUGCAGGCGGUGAGAGCGGCGGGGCGGUGCGAUGCGGUCUUUCGGGGCUUCUCGGACUGUUUGCUGCGGCUGGGCGAUAACAUGGCCAACUACCCGCAGGACCUGGACGACAAGAGAAACCUGCAAACGAUCUGCGCGUACUGGGGAUUCCACGCCUGCACCCUCACAGCGCUCACGGAUUGCCAGGAAGGAGCGACAGACCUGUGGGGAGAAACUGAGACGGAAUCCAAAAACCUCGAUUUCCAGGGCAGUUUGUUCGAACUGUGCGGAGGCGGCAGCGGAGCAGCCCGUCCCAGCUGCCGCGCGUCGCUGCCCGUGCUGCUUGGGGGCAUUGGGAGCAGCUCUGGCCACCUGGGGCUGCCCUUCUAGCGGGGCCAACGCUGCACCCCGGAGAGGAGCAUCCGU